AUGGGCCACCAAUCAGAAGUCGACAAUCAUUUCUACUUCAGAUUCUUGCCUGUAGACAGUCAAGACCUUCGGCUCCACAACUAUCCGAUCUCCUUACCUUCAUACUCGUCUUGUCACUUGAGCCAGUUCGCCGGAUCAAACCUUCCACGAGGCCGUCAGGUCGUCAUGCCUCUUCUCGGCUCACUGCAAGCCACACUGUCUCAGCGUAAAGGGCACUUGUUCUUGCAGCGUCUUAAUUGCAAAUCACCUCCUCCUUUGCACAUCUUCAAACAGCACCACUCCGUCAUACCAUUCCAUUCCACGUGA